AUGUGGUCUACAGAUGGGAAUGACACAAUAACUAAGCUAAAGGUAAAGGUACAAGAGGUAAAGGGGGCAAAAGAAGAAACCACUAAGCUGUUACAGAUCGCCUUAAAAGCAAAAUUAAAGGCCAAGGACGCAGUGUUGAAAGCAGAAGAGGCGCUGCAACUGUUUGGUUGGGCGGAGGCGAAUGCAACAGAUGCGGAUCAGCACGUCAAGGAUGCAGUGCGGGCUGCAAAGGCAACAGUGACGGCGGCAAAGGAUGUGGCGUAUAAGUGUCUCUAG